AUGGCCUCGGACACUUCCCAGUUCCCCGCCUGGCAGCAGCAUCCCAAUCGCCCACACGAGUUACUGUCGCCACGGACUCCCUCUUGGCGAUGGAGUCACUCCGCAUUGGCCUGCUGGCGGUGCACGACGACGCCACCGAAGAGAUUUGUACCGUGCCGCAUUCACUGGUGGAUUGAGGUCACACAGCUGACUCCAUGUUUUCCCAUGGCACUGCGGAAUCCCACGCAACGUGACAGCGGACGCCGACGCCGUCAGGCCACGAUCCCUCCCGCAGGACUGCGUCACUGCCUGGCAUGUGGACUUCCUUACCGCCCUCAAGAGGUUAUAAUGGAAGGAUGUGCAGGAGGAAAAGGGAGCCGCGCACACCGCUUGACAGGCGCCUGUCGGUGUGGCGAGGACUCUGUUCCUGGUGUUGACCCGGACAUCGUGCCCCGAGUGGCGGCACUGCGCACAGGCGCGAUGCGACUCCUGCCCACUCUUCGACAGGCCUGCACGCGCCCUGCGGAUCACAAGGAACCCUCUGUGUCGGUGGUGCCGUCCCUCCCUCACUGCGGUGACCGGCCCGCCUCUGCCUCCGCCGGAACCUCUUCCCGACGUGAGCACCGCAACUCCUUGCCUGCCAGCGAGCGGCGGAUUGACGUCCUCCUGCCCAACCUGCAGCAGAGUUCACUUGUCCGUCCACAGUAUGAGGGCACAUGCCCGACGUGCUCAGCCUGGCGUUAUAAUGGUUGGAGAGGGCCUCCCAUGCGGAUGCCACAAUGGCGCCACCGUCUUCUUAACAGGUGCCUCGCGCGCAGGUCGCCAUCGAAGUUGCCAAGCAUGCUAGCAGGCAAGACACGCAGGAAGCACAAACGCGGGUACUCAAGAUAG